CAAAUCCUUUAUUUGUAUAAGCACAUGGAUCUUAAAUAAGUGGAUUUAUAAAUGUUUCAAAAUAAUGUGAUAUACAAAAAUAUGAAAUAUAAAGUUAAGAAGAAAAUAAUUUAUAUUUCUUAAACAUAGUUUUAUUAAAUGUAAGCAAUAUUUGUACAAUUUAGAUUUUAAAAUUUAGAGAUAAUAGAUUUAUUUAUAUAUUAUUGAAUUACAUAUAUUUAUCAGAUUUCGUGAAAAUCAAAUGACAAUAUGUCGUUAAUAUGUCGAAAACUGUGUUCUUUUAUUUUAUUUGAACAUUUUGGACAAAUUGUACAAUGUGUAGGUGAAGAUUUAUUUAAAUAUGGUGCAAAACCAUUAGUAUUAAUUCGACAUACAACACAUCUUCCUGUAACAAAGAUUAAAGAAGCAUUAUGUGUUUUAAUAAAACAUGGUCUUGUAAAAUAUCGUCAAACAGAAAAAGGAAUAGAAUAUAUUUUAAUUUAUGAAAGAGUCUUAAAUAUUCUUCGUUAUCCAAAGUAUAUGUUUUUUGUAAAAACAAAUUGUGGAAAUGAAGCUGAAAUGAUGUUAGAACAAGUAUUAAAAAAUGGAUACAUUACAGCUUCUGAAGUGAUUAUAAAAACAUAUAAAAGAAUGGAACAAUCACCUUCUAGUAUACAACCAUCAAUUCCAGUUUUAAAAGAGAAGUUUGAAUUGCUUAUCAAAUAUCAAUUUUUAAUGCGUAGUACAAAUAAAAAUGAAGAAGAAGGAAAUUCAAAACGUGAUUUUACAUUACCAGAUUUGGAUUUAGCUGCUAUUUCAAAAUACUUAGAAGGAGACAAUUGUAAUCUUAAAGAUAAAAUUUAUUGGGAAAUUAAUAUUGAUCGUUUUACUCAAGAUUUUAGGGAUCAAAUUAUUGUAUCAUCUAUAAGUAAAAGACUUGAUAAAAAUGCAGGGGAAUUGAUGAGGCGAUUAUUAUUUCUUAUGUAUCUAAGGACAGCAUCAUGGGAAGAUACAUCUAAUCCAAUACCAUUUGCGGAAAUAAAAGAUGCAGUUAAAAAACUCAAUUAUCCAUUACUUACUCAGCAUCUUGAUCAAUAUUUACGUCUCAUUGAGGAAGAUAGUAGUCAAUUUUUAAAACGAGUUGGAGAUUCUGGAGGUGGUCAAUACAGUGUUAAUAUGAAAGAAGCAUUUAAUCAAUUGGCAUGGGCAUCUUUAGAAAAUAUUGUAAUGGAACGAUUUGGUUCAAAAGCUGCUAGAAUUUUUAGGUUAGUGCGUGCUAGAAAGUAUAUCGAACAAGAACAAAUUCAACAAUUAGCUAUGAUUCCAGCAAAAGAAGCAAAACAUUUGACAUAUACUCUACUGCAAGAAAAUUAUUUACAAAUGCAGGAAAUAAAAAAAAGUGGAGUAUCAGCUGCACCAAUAAAAACAUUUUUUUUAUUUCACAUUGAUUUAAAUUUGGUCGUCCGUAUGGAAAUCGAACAUUGUUAUCAUGCAUUAUACAAUAUAAUGCAAAGAAGAGAGUAUGAAGUAAAUAGUAAUAAGCGUAUGAUUGAUAAACAAUUGCGAAUGCAAACAUUAACAAGUAAUUUAAAAGAACAUGGUGCUCCUGAAGAACAAUUAGCAGAGAUUGCAGAAAUGAUGACUCCAACUGAGAAACAACAAUUAGAAAAAGUUCAAAAUACAAUUAAGAAAUUGGGUAUCACUGAAUUACAGAUUGAUGAUACUCUAUUUCUAUUGACGAUGUAUUUACGUUAUCAUUAAACGAAGGCAUAUUUUGUAAAAAUAUGACAUAUUAUCAUGAUUAUUAUAUUAUAAUAACGCUAUUCAUUUUUAUUCAAGUACGCAAUCAAUGCGUAAAUUCAUCAAAAAACAAAUACAUAAAAUUUCAUUCAUUUAUAUAGUUAUUUAUUUAUGUAUAAUAAUGGUUACGCUUGUAAAAUACAAACAACAAAGAAUACCUAACUUUCAAAUUAUUGUAAUAAAUAUAAUCAUAUGUCUAUGUUUAUAAUAGUGCUGCUCUCUAUGUGAUACAGUGCAUUUGAUGUCACUAUCUGUCAGGGAAAAUGAUCUUGGAGUACACACCUUUAAAUGUUCUACCAUUGACAAACUUCGUUUGUAAUCCAUGAAAUAAACGGAACUAAAAUUAACUGUUAAAACAAACGAUGUGCAAGAUUUAAUCGAAAUUGAUGAAAAUUGGACGAGGAAGAUACGAGCCGAGCUUAAUUAUACACGAUUCGAAAAUGCCUUCUUGAUUAGAACAAAGGAAAUGAGAUUAAAAGAAAUCGAGGAAAAUGAAAAAUUAGGAAAAUCAAGUUAUUUUGAAAGAUUAUAAAGAUUAUAUAUGGCACAGUAGAAAAUAACAAGGCGCGCAUUUAUAUCUUCCGCAUUGAACAAUGAAUUGAUUUGUCGAAUGAAUUCAAUGAACAAGAUGAAUAAGGCUGAAAUGUCGGUCUUUGGAGAUCAAACUGGCGAAGAAAGAGGAAGCAGAGAAAAACGAAAAAAUGGAAGGAAAAUGGUGAAUAGCUUCUGAGAGAAAUGGCUUCGAAGGAAAAUAUAAAUAUUUAAAUUUUUCAGAAUGUGACAGAAGAAGAAGAAAAAAAAUACGUUUCAGUGUAAAUGUAAAAAAAAAAAAAAAAAAAGCACGUAAUUGCGUUGCGUGAACGAUACGACGAUCGAAAAAAAUUUUUGAGUAUAUUCGAGCACGCAAACGAUCGACGAUCUUCCUGUUGUCGUCAUCGUUGUCAUCUUGAACUGGCACGUACAACCUCUAUUGCUACUGCGUAAUAAGGAUAAUUAUUAAAAAAAAAAAAAAAGAAGAGA